AUGCUACUGAGCGGGCCGCCGGGGGUAGGCAAGACCCUCACGGCGGAGAGCGUGGCGGAGAUCAUGCAGGUGCCGCUGUAUAUUCUGAGUGCGGGGGAUCUGGGCACGACGCCGCAGACGGUGGAGAAUACCCUGCGCGAUGUCCUCACGAUGAUCCCUCGCUGGGGGGCCAUCAUCCUCCUCGACGAGACGGAUGUCUUCAUGGAGGCGCGCGAUACCCGGGACUUGAAGCGGAAUGAGCUCGUCUCCAUCUUCCUGCGGCUGCUGGAGUAUUACGAGGGGAUUUUGUUCCUGACGACCAACCGUGCCGAGCAGAUCGACCCGGCUUUCGAGUCCCGCAUUCACAUCUCCAUCCGGUAUCCGGAGCUCAAUCGCAGCUCGCGACGUCAGAUCUGGAAGCAGUUUAUCGCGCAGAGUGGGGUCGAGCCGCUUGCGGAGGAGGAUGUGUCGCAGCUCGCGAAGCUGGAGCUGAAUGGCAGACAGAUCAAGAACGUCCUUCGCACUGCCCACUUGCUGGCUGCGGAGGAGAAUUGCGGCUUGACGUUCCACCACAUCCAGGUGAUCUUGCAUCUGAGGGACUAUGUUGGCGACGGUAGGCAUGGGGGAUAG